AUGUCUGGGCGCGGGAAGCAGGGCGGGAAGGCGCGGGCCAAGGCCAAGUCGCGCUCGUCGCGGGCCGGGCUGCAGUUCCCCGUGGGCCGCGUGCACCGGCUGCUGCGCAAGGGCAACUACGCGGAGCGGGUGGGCGCCGGCGCCCCGGUGUACCUGGCGGCCGUGCUGGAGUACCUGACGGCCGAGAUCCUGGAGCUGGCGGGCAACGCGGCCCGCGACAACAAGAAGACGCGCAUCAUCCCCCGCCACCUGCAGCUGGCCAUCCGCAACGACGAGGAGCUCAACAAGCUGCUGGGCAAGGUCACCAUCGCGCAGGGCGGGGUGCUGCCCAACAUCCAGGCCGUGCUGCUGCCCAAGAAGACCGAAAGCCACAAGGCGAAGAGCAAGUAAAGAGGCCCCGGAGACAGGCGCGGAGCAGACCAGUAAAACCCAAAGGCUCUUUUCAGAGCCACCCCCA